AUGGAGUUUGCCGAUGCGAUACCGGUUACUUUUAAGGAAAUAACCCCAAGUUACAAUAUACCCCAAAAAUGGAAAGAAAUCGUCCUUAAUACUGGUGGCACCCACAGUACUCUUCAAGAUAUAAAAUUACCUCACAAAGCAGGUGGCUACUGGUACAGAGAUUCCGAUAAGUCUAGUACAAGGAACCGAUUUAUUUACUGGCAAACAACAUCAGAUGCUAUUGAAUUAUCAGAAGCAUCUCUAGACGUGAAUCUUUCUUCUUGCAAUCUUAGAUGCAAGGUUGCUCCAGGCACACCUCCAUUGAAUAACAUAUCAUUUUAUGAAAGAACAUCAAUGCAACAAGUUGUUAUUUUAGCUGCUACUGUGUCAUCUGUUCACAGAUUAGUAUUCCCACACCCCGAAAGCUUGGAUCGAAAGUCAACCUUCGGAUCCUUGAGCCACACAACAUCAAUAUUUAAUGACACUAGUGCCAUAAAUAACCCCAGUAACUACUACAUUCUCAAUCAAUACUCCAUUUCAAAUACAGGUGUAGCUCACUCCUGUGCAUCAAUAUUGCGUGAUAAUGGGGAAGCUGUGUUUGCUUUGGCAUUUGGUUAUGGCGGUGAAGGAGGAUUACUGCUUGUUAAACUCCCCGUAGCCGGUGCUGCAGUAACUACAGUGUUAAAAAGGGAGUCCAAUGUGCCCAGAUUUUUAUCUGGGUUAACAGGAGCACUAAGGGGAAAAACCAGCACAGAUGGUAUUGAGACCUAUGGUGUGGUCCUCACAAAUGUACUAGCUAUCGUCAUAUGUGGAGAUACAUGUCUUCGAGUCUGGCAUUUUGAUGAGGGUGGUGUACCAAUAACAGUGUCAGCUCCUCUUUCGCAAACUUUAGCAAAACCAAAGCCACCUCCACAUGCCCAUAUGCUCCAAAGUAUUACAGGAUUAGAUGGAAAUGUAUUGCUAGUAGCAUACUUGUCAUUCCCAAACGAAUCUGAGUUUAUUGUCAUGAAAAUGCACGACGCGGGGACUGCAGGAGUUAAGUUCUCGGAAAUUUGUCAUAUUUAUGGCCCGCAGUUAGACUUACUCGACUAUACAAUUGGUUAUGGCGACAAUGGUCAUGUUAUUUGGGCGCUAUGGAGUCAACCUGAUGGCGAUGCUGUAAUAACAAGUUGCGCCAUCGGCCCGGAUGUAUCAUGGCGAGCAGUCGCAACCAAAGAACCAUUGUCAGCAUUGCCACAGCUCUCAUCACACCAGCAAUACCGUGAACGCUUACUUUCCCCCGGACUAUUUCCCCCUUCCGUUAUCAAAAAGGCAUUAGUGAUAUAUAGGCGCGCUUGGGGCGGUAGCGAGCCAGUGCUGGACAACGAUCUAGGCGAAAGCUGCGUAAGCGCAGUGCAGGCGCGUUUUAGAAAUUUAACCGCGCGGGCUGCGGCACCAGAUCACUCGCACCUAAUGUACAAAUGCUGGUCAGAUCUGUAUAGCUGGUGUAUGCAGUAUAUGGAGGGUCUACAGAAGCCCUUAGGGUUAAUGGUUUCCAAACAUAAUUGUGAAAAUGACGUGGGCUGGUGGUGCGCCGUGGUACGCCGGUCUGGUGUAUCUCUUGUCCGGGAACUUGAACCACUCGAGCGCAUGAUGCUGUCUCCGGAUGUAAUGCCAGAACCUACUGGACUAAUGGGCGAGUCUUGCGAGUUAUCAGUCGACGCAAUGCGGGUGGUAUGCGCGGGCGCGAGAUGGGAGCGAGCGGUUAGUGCAGGCGGUGCAGCGGAAUUGGAACGACGACUGUUUGCGUGUUCAUCGCCGCAGCACCGACUGUUGCCGCGUCUUUUGCAUCUCCUCCGUGCCCCGGAAACUGACGAGCCUAAGCCUAGUUUAACGCCAGAACAAAUCGACGAGUUAACAUGCAUACUUGAACCCAUCCGAGAUUUACAAAAUGCAGUCCUUGAACUGAACGAUGCACUGAGAUUAGAUGUACCAGAAAUUGAUACUUCGAAGAGUGAUGACGAAGACACAAGUGAAUAUGACAAUUUGUUUGCGAGUGAUUUGGGAGUGGCUAUUGUUACCGAAGCAAUAAGACAAAUGGCAGAAAUGAGAUCUCGAGUGGUUCGAGGCGCAUUGGCCGCCCUGGGUAUAGUGCGUGGUGCGGGCGGCGUGCCUGGCGCUGGUCACUGUGCUGUUCAUUGGCAGGCGUACCGCGCAUUGCUCUGGCUGCAUGCUGCCGUCCUGCAACAAACGUCGUCUGGUGGUACAGAAACAUUCCGUUUGAAGUUGAGUGCUAUAGGAGGGGAAGCAUUGGAAUGUGGAGUUGUAGGAAUGGGCGCAAUACAGGCGUACGUGGCCGGGGCGGGGGGAACACGGGCACGGGCACAUUUAGCGACCGCAACUACACAUACGGGUUGCCACCGUGCACUACCGUUACUUGCAUACCACCUUGCGCACCAACUCUGGGCAGUGAGUGGUGGUUUUGAGUUUGGUUGGUGGUUAGCAUCCAUACACCAACCGCGACUAGUGCAGAAUUACGUCAAUAUGCUGGAACCAUGGUGUGAGUGGAACGCUUGCUCCCGACAAUUUAUUCUGGGUCUGUCGUUACUGGAGCUGGAUGACGCAGAGGGCGCGUACACAGCGUUCUGCCGUGCUGCCAAAGGCGUCAGUUCAGAACCAUUCUUGAGACAACUCGUUGCUGAACCACACAAUAGACUAGCACACCACCAUGCGCUAGUACUUUAUUACAUGAAGGUUAUCAAACUAUUUGAAAUACACGACGCCGGAGCGUGUGUCGUCCGUCUGGCCGAAACGGCAAUAUCAAUCGCUGAUAAAGAUGAUCCGAAUUUGGCGAUGUUUCAAUGGGUGGUGUUCAAAUGGCAUCUAUCUGGUGGUCGUACGGAACGAGCGCUAAGCGCCGCCGCUGCUAACCCCGCUCCGCACGCUCGACACGCUGCUGCGGCCACAUUACUCACAACGCUUGCCGAGCGGAAGGAGCUCGGCGCUCUGGUGCGAUGCAGUGCGUUAGCGAGUGAAGCCGAAAGAGCAGCAGCAGCACGAGCCAAGUUGCACGAUGCCCACACAGAUAAUCCCUACUACGAUUUCCUCUACGCGCUACAUGUUUCUAGGCAACACUACAGAAAAGCCGCAGCUGUAAUGUACGAGCGGGCUACUCGAUGUGGCACCGAACGCGGAGGUACUACUUUACGGCGAAAAUUUAUAGCGGCCGCAUUAACCUGCCUACGACUCGCUCGUCCGCAGCACGCCUUUUUAGCUAGACCACCAGCCCAAGGACAAACAACUACCGCUCAGGUGAUAGGGCCCGAAGAGUUAGCAGCGGAACUUCGAGAAGAUGAUUUGGAAGCCUUGGAUCCAGUUCAACAAGCAUUGAAAAAAUCAGAAGCAAUAGAUUUCGACAGACUGUAUCCAAAACUAAAGGAAGCAGACCGAGAGACCUUGUUAGAUGUUACAAAACGCACUAUCAGCACCGGACAGUUUUUGCCACGUUGGUUUCUACAAAGAUUUAUGGAUAUGGACGGGGCAGGAUGUGUACGCGCUUUGUUAAGCGGCGGCCGAUUGGUAGAGGCUGCGGAAGCCUGCGUCUACGUUUUACGCAGAUGGAUGGUCGCGUUAGCUCCGCAUCGGGAACCUUGUGCAGCACCACUCGCCCUAGCUGAUCUAGUUUUGGUAGAACUGCAAUUGCAUCUAGAUCAUUCACCCUCAAAACAGGUGUAUGACGAGUUGAACAACUUGGUUGAAGAAUAUACAAAGAUAGUUAUCAGGACUUCAGAAGAUAUGAAAAGCGCACAAAUACAACAUGCGAUUGUCCAGUAA